AGACCUUAAUGUAAGUAUUCCGUGAAACAACUAAAACUUUUAGCAGGCUUCAUCCUUUUAGAUCUAUUUCUUAUCAAUUGUUAUAAGUUAAUGAACUGAAAUAAAUUUGAAAUCAGGUCUCUGAGCUCUUGGGGCAGGUUGGGUGGUGACAAACAAAGCGUCCGUCCUUAGUGUGUGCCUGGUGUAUGUGUGUGUUGCGUGGGUGUGUGCGUGCAUACUUACUCCAUCUUGCUGCAGUGUUACUCUUUGCCUAGAAUUGUUCACUGGCCUGUUUUUCUCUUCAGUUUCACAAUAAGGUGACCUGCUUCAUGCUGCAUCACAUUGAGGAACCCUGCUCCCUGGGGGCUCAUGCUGCUGUUAUUGUCCCGCCCACCUGGAUCAUUAAGGUGAAGAAACCUCAGAACUCCCUGAAGGCUUCAAAUCGGAAGAAGAAGAGAACAAGUUUUAAAAGAAAAGCCAGUAAAAGAGGAGCUGAACAGGAAAACAGAGGUCGUCCUUUUGUGGUAAAACCUAUCUCUUCUCCGCUCAUGAAACCCCUGCUUGUGUUUGUGAACCCCAAGAGUGGAGGUAAUCAGGGAACCAAAGUCCUGCAGAUGUUCAUGUGGUACCUGAAUCCACGGCAAGUCUUUGAUCUUUCUCAGGAAGGGCCAAAAGAUGCGUUGGAGUUGUAUAGAAAAGUACCAAACCUGCGAAUUCUUGCCUGUGGUGGGGAUGGAACGGUGGGCUGGAUCCUUUCCAUCCUGGAUGAACUGCAGCUGAGCCCUCAGCCCCCUGUGGGCGUCCUUCCUCUGGGUACUGGGAAUGACCUGGCUCGAACUCUCAACUGGGGAGGGGGCUACACUGAUGAGCCUGUUUCUAAGAUCCUAUGCCAGGUAGAAGAUGGGACAAUUGUACAACUAGAUCGCUGGAACCUCCAUGUGGAAAGAAACCCAGACUUACCUCCAGAAGAACUUGAAGAUGGCGUGUGUAAGCUCCCUCUGAAUGUGUUCAAUAAUUAUUUCAGCCUUGGAUUUGAUGCUCACGUCACACUGGAAUUCCAUGAAUCCAGAGAAGCAAAUCCAGAGAAGUUCAACAGUCGUUUUCGAAAUAAAAUGUUCUAUGCAGGGGCAGCUUUUUCUGAUUUCCUACAGAGAAGUUCUAGAGAUCUAUCCAAACAUGUUAAAGUUGUUUGUGAUGGAACAGAUCUCACCCCCAAGAUUCAGGAACUGAAGUUCCAGUGUAUAGUAUUUUUAAAUAUACCCAGAUAUUGUGCUGGCACAAUGCCCUGGGGCAACCCAGGGGACCACCAUGAUUUUGAACCCCAGCGUCAUGAUGAUGGUUAUAUUGAAGUUAUUGGAUUCACCAUGGCCUCUUUGGCUGCCCUGCAAGUGGGGGGCCAUGGAGAAAGGCUACACCAGUGUCGAGAAGUCAUGCUUCUAACCUAUAAAUCCAUCCCCAUGCAAGUGGAUGGGGAGCCCUGCAGGUUGGCCCCAGCUAUGAUUCGAAUCUCCCUGAGGAAUCAAGCCAAUAUGGUUCAGAAGAGCAAGAGAAGGACGUCCAUGCCUUUACUCAAUGAUCCUCAGUCCGUCCCAGAUCGCCUGAGAAUCCGAGUGAACAAAAUCAGUUUACAAGACUAUGAAGGAUUCCACUAUGACAAAGAGAAGCUCCGAGAAGCUUCCAUACCUCUGGGUAUUCUAGUUGUGCGUGGAGACUGUGAUUUGGAGACUUGCCGUAUGUACAUAGACCGCCUGCAGGAGGACCUGCAGUCAGUUUCUUCUGGCUCCCAGAGAGUUCAUUACCAGGACCAUGAAACCUCCUUCCCCAGGGCUCUCUCAGCUCAGAGGCUCUCUCCUCGGUGGUGCUUCCUAGAUGCAACUUCUGCUGAUCGCUUUUAUCGAAUAGACAGAUCUCAGGAACAUUUGCACUUUGUGAUGGAGAUUUCUCAAGAUGAGAUUUUUAUUCUGGACCCAGAUAUGGUGUCACAGCCAGUGGGGACACCUCCGGGCAUGCCUGAUCUGGUGGUAGAGCAAGCCUCAGGGAUGUCAGACUGGUGGAACCCUGCUCUGCGGAGACGCAUGCUGAGUGACAGUGGUCUGGGAACCAUAGCUCCCUAUUGUGAGGACUCAGACAUGAAAGAUCUCAGCCACUCCCAUGUGCUACAGUCACCAGUCUCUUCAGAAGAUCAUGCAAUAUUGCAGGCAGUAAUAGCUGGUGAUCUUAUGAAGCUAAUAGAAAGCUAUAAAAAUGGAGGCAGUCUGCUAAUUCAGGGACCAGAUCACUGUUCACUCCUUCACUACGCAGCUAAAACCGGCAAUGGGGAGAUUGUGAAAUAUAUCCUUGACCAUGGACCCUUUGAGUUGUUGGAUAUGGCAGACAGCGAAACGGGUGAGACUGCACUGCACAAGGCUGCCUGCCAGCGGAACCGGGCUGUGUGCCAGCUUCUGGUGGAUGCGGGAGCAUCUCUGAGAAAGACGGACUCCAAGGGCAAGACACCUCAAGAUAGAGCACAACAGGCUGGAGACCCAGAUCUGGCUGCUUACCUAGAAAGCCGUCAGAACUAUAAGACCAUUGGCCAUGAGGAUCUGGAAACUGCUGUUUGACCCUGGCAGACAAGCAAAGAGAAUGUGAGCAGGCAUAUCACCUGUGCCCUCCCGGCAGCCUGGCAGCUCCCUGAAAGAAGCUGAUGGAAUCCAUAUAUCUGUUUCUCUCCUGCAAGAAUCAGUCUGAGACCAUGCCACCAGUUUUAAGGGCUACCGAGAUGUACAACAGAACACGAUAGCCCAUUGAGAAGGAGGGCAGGAUACCUGGAAAUUUGUGGAAUACUAUAUGACUUCCACAAAAUUUGAUCAUUAUUGCUUCCAGCAAGUAGCAUGAACUUCUGUGUUCACCUGUAUAAUUUAUUUUACAGAUUCAAAGGAUGUUCAUAUAAAUGGCACUGCUCCCUCUUCCCCCAUGCAUUCAUUCCCCACAUUGCCACACGAUUUUACUGUAACCACCCAUCAACUUAAAAAAAUAUGAUAUGAUCUCUUCUUUACAUUCUGUCUUGAAGACCAUAAGAUUGUCUGAAGGUCUUCUAAAACCCUCUGGGCAUCCUGCAGAAUAUAACUGUAAAACUA